UGUUGUUCAAAAAGUGCGUUGUUUGAAUCGACAAACAAAAUUACUCCAAAAUAAGACGGUGUUCAGUUUUAUUCUCACGAGCUAUUGGAAAUCGAGACUUUACACAAAUACUAAUCUAUAGCUGAUGCUGCUGUAGAAGUUUUAAUCAUAUAAAGGAUAUGUGUGACGGUAUGAUGCUCUUUUAGACCGUACUCUGGUAUAUCUAUGAUCAUUUAGACCGGGUCAGACCGGAGAGUGGGUGUCUGUGGGGUUAAACCGGACGUGUGCCAGUCAGAGGUCUGUAAGGAGUUUAUAAGGUCACGUGCACCAUAUGGCCUCCUUCUUUUAAACAAACAGACUGUCUUAUCAGGUCUACAGAAGAUCAGGAACACCCAGCCUGGAGGAUGUCUGCGGGAGCAGAAGGCGGGGCUGAUGCCCCGAAGGAGGUGUGGCCUUCACAGUCACGCCCAUUAUCACACGACAGGGUCACACUAGUGGUCGAUGGGACUCGUUUUGUGGUGGAUCCUGCAGUAUUUAGCGUUUACCCCGAUACAGUGUUAGGAAGAAUGUUUGGCCGAGCGCGUCAGCACAGUUUCACACGACCCAACUCUAAAGGAGAAUACGAGAUCGCAGAGGGCAUCGGUGCCAACAUCUUCAGAAUCGUUCUGGAUUACUAUCGGCUCGGGGUGCUGCACUGUCCUGAGGGCGUAUCUGUGGCUGAAUUACGGGAAGCCUGCGAUUAUCUGUGUAUAAACUUCGACUGCAACACCGUCAGAUGCCGAGACCUCAUUUCCGUCCAAUCAGGCGCUCUCCUGCAUGAGCUGUCCAAUGACGGCGCUCGGCGGCAGUUUCAGGCGUUUCUGGAGGAGCUGCUGCUUCCGGCGAUGGUGUCGAGCGCUCAGGAUGGAGAGAGAGAGUGUCGCAUCGUGGUUCUCACGGACGAUGAUACCGUCGACUGGGACUGUGACAAUCCUCCACCGCUGGGCGAGGAAACCUCACUGAUCUCGUACAGCACCAAGCUCUUCCGUUUCUUCAAGUUCAUCGAGAACAGAGACGUGGCCAAAGCCAUGCUGAAGGAGAGAGGCCUUAAAAACAUACGCAUUGGGAUUGAAGGUUACCCCACCUGCAAAGAGAAGGUGAAGCGGCGUCCAGGUGGGAGGUCAGAGGUCAUCUACAGCUACGUCCAGCGUCCGUUCAUUCAGCUGUCCUGGGAGAAAGAGGAGGGCAAGAGCAGACACGUGGAUUUCCAGUGCGUGCGCAGCAGGAGCGUUCCAAACCUCAUCACGGCCUUGGGGGAGGGGACUGUGAGAGCCACGCCCACUCCGCAGGUGGAUGAGUUGGAUCGUCUGAACGGCCCCGCCCCUCUCACCCCCGAACAAACAGUAAACUAAAGACAGAACCCAUCUUUUCAGUGUUCAUUCAUACUAGUGCCAGAAUGGAUGUAAAACGUGGUAAAUGGAACACUUUAAUUGGAAGCCGACUAUCAUAAAACCAAAAACAAACAUUUGCGUCUCUUGAGGUAAAGAGUGCGUUUUGUCUUGACUAUUAUAACUUAGAUUUGCUUUGGAGAAAAGUGUUUGAUAAAUUAAAUUAUAAAGUGACGAUAGGCACUGUUGGGUGGAAAUGUUGUCUCUGAAACCAAUUUAAAGGAUUUAAACAUUCAAAUAAAUUAAAAAUAUAUCUA